GUUUUCGAAACUUUAAGUUCCAGUGUGACUAAAACUGAAUAUUAAAUGGAAAAUAAACAGAUAGAUGAUAGCAAAAAUAAAGCACCGCUCUUCGGCGCUCGUCAUGUGCAAUGUAUUCUAUUAUUUCUCGGAGCCGCUGCUGCGUUCGCGCAACGCUCAAAUCUCUCAGUAGCGAUAGUGGCAAUGAUGGAUAAGAAUUCCACAAACCCCAAUUUUGAGGAGUACCAAUGGUCCGAGCAGACAAAAUCCUACCUGCUCAGCAGUUUCUUUUGGGGCUAUUUUGUGACACAAAUACCGGGCAGUCAGUUGGCGCACAAAUUUGGUGGUAAAAUAACGCUACUCCUUAGCAUAGUACUAAGUGGACUUUUGGCUUUACUCACGCCGUUGAGCGUGCGUUUGGGCGAUUGGCAACUGUUCUUUGCGCUGCGUUUGUGUCAAGGUCUCUUACAGGGUAGCACGUUUGCAUCGAUGCACACACUACUCUCCAAAUGGAUACCAGCCGAGGAGCGUAGCUCACUUGGCACCUUUUGCUACAGCGGUAUGUCGUUUGGUACUGUGCUGAUGAUGUUCGUCAGCGGUUGGAUUGCCUCUUCCACGUUCGGUUGGCCGGGCAUAUUCUAUUUUGCUGGCUUAUUCAGCGUAAUUUGGGGUUUCGUUUGGUACUUUGUCGGCGCUAAUACACCAAGCGAAUGCAAAUCAAUGACUGAAGCGGAGCGUUUAUAUAUUGAAGCUGCAAUUGCGUCAACGGCUAAACCGGAGCAUGAGCAGGCAACCAUGAAGACACCUUGGUUGAAGAUACUCAGCUCUGUGCCUUUCUGGGCGAUAUUGCUGGCGCAGAGCACCUACGCAUGGGGCUAUUGGACAAUGGGGACACAAAUCCCCUCAUAUAUGAAGAGCAUACUGGGACAAGAUAUCCAGAGCAAUGCGCUCAUGUCCGCAGCGCCUUAUCUGGCUGAUUUGUUGAUGACAUUCGUAUUUUGUUUUUCAGCCAGUUUGCUGACUAAACGUGGCUACAUCAGUGUUAAUGUCUGUCGUAAACUGUUUAACACUAUCGGAUUUUGGGUGCCCAUAGUACCGCUUAUACUACUCGGCUAUAUGCGCGCCGAUCAGAGUGAGUUGGCACUUGUUUUGCUGAUGAUUGCUGUUGGUGUGAAUUCAGCCGGCAAUUUGGGUUUUCUCAUCAAUCAUAUUGAUUUGUCCCCCAAUUUUGCUGGUGUCCUUAUGGGCAUGGCGAAUAGUGCGGCAAAUAUUAUGAGCUUAUUGGCCCCACUGGCGGUGGGCUUCAUUGUCACAGAUGCGAAAAAUGUGCUGCAGUGGCGUAUUGUCUUUUACAUUGCCGGCGGCAUGUACUUCGUUGGCAAUUUAUUGUUCGUCUUGUUUGGCCAGGCGAAAAUCCAGGUCUGGAACUAUCCUAAAACACAGCAACCACAGCGGGAUGAGCGCGUUGGUAUUUGACUAUAAACUAUCAAAAUUGAGGCAGAGAGUAUGUGAAGACAAGUCUGGCCUUUUUGCCGUUGAAAG